AUGGAUCGCUCCCUUGCGACCCUCCUGCGCUCUCUCCAGGCUUCUCCGACCUUCCACGAUGCUUUCAGGCUGCUUCCUACCGCCACCGCGCUCUUGACCCGUCUCUCCAAUCCGCUCAACCUCACCCUGCUCUCCUCACAGCUCCUGCAAAAUGAUAUUCUAUACCCUCAUCCAACCUCGAUUACGAACUCACGCCAGCUCUUCUCCGUCUUCUACACCGCAACCCUGCGAUUCCGCGAGGACAAGCGCCGCCGAGACCCAACGCAGGGACAGCAACAAAUACCGCCGCCUGAAUACAGCGGCAGCCAGCUCUCCGAACCAGACUGGUUUACGGCUGUAGUCAAGGGUGCAGACGAGCACAGUCCACGGUCGCGUCAUGUGUUGCUGUUGGGCGCGCUGUUGUUGGCCGGUUGCGAUCCGCAUGGCAGUGAAGAGCCCGUAGGACGUGCGCUGAGAGUCAAGCUCGAAGGAGCUCUGGUGAGGGCGGCAAACUUGGCCCUUGUGCACGGUGAUGACGAGGGAAAAGCGGUCGUGAGCUGGGUACUGGUCAAUACGGUGCAUUUACUGGGGGAGCCGACCAGAGCAGAGGUGGCCUUCGAUGCGCUGUUGCCAGUGCUGAUGUACGCGACUUUUACGGGCCUUGAGGGCCUAGAAAUGGGUUAUUGGGUUGGAGCCAUUGACCAGGAUGUCGAGGGGUCGCCAGACGGCAAGUUUGGGUGGUCGGCUAACAGCAGAAGCUUCCAGAGGGUGCAAGAGAUCAAAAGCCGGCCAAUGGUGCAGGUGCUUGGUGGUGUAUCGAGACUGUUGGCCAUGGCUAUUGAUGCGGCCCAAGAUCGACAAAGCAUAAUGGAUGUGGUUUCUAGGCUGGCUGAGUUUGCAAGGACGUUAGCGACGUCCUGGCGUCAAAACAAACUCAGUGAGGUGGACAUCAGCGAGGAGGUGCAGGUUCUCGAUGGAGAGACUAUCAGGGUCUCACUACCCGUCCUGCUCCAGUUGUUGCGAGAUACGAUGUUCGCCACAAUCAUUGCGCUAAGGUCGGUCGUCGGUAGACUGUUGACAGACCGUUUCCUGGCAUCAGACAUCAAUGCACCCGGCAUUGCGAUACAAUGUCUGCACACUCUGCGGGACAUGUACUUCAUCUCUCACAGGUUCGGCCAGACCUCGUCAUCGCAAUAUGUCUUCGUCAACUUCACAGCCCUCGAUUUGCUCAAUCAGUACCCACGAGCGGCUGAAAACUACCUGGCGACGACGAAGCCGAAGGAUGCUGGAGCAAUAUCACGACAUCCUCUUGACCGUAACCUGGACCUAUUCUUCCUCAACACUUCCGAACAUCUUACCCUAACUGUGAGUGCGCGAAUGAACGAUGAGCUCCUUCAGGUUGCUCUCCCGUACAUCCAGGCACAAGGCGACCCUCGGCUGGGUGAACUCUACGAGGCCGCUCACAGUCUGAUUCUGACGGUCUUCGCUGCCCCGCAGAAUGCAGAUCUCCUGCCGAAGCAUGUGCCUCACUACAUUGAGACACUGAUGGCCAGUUUCCCUUCGGUACUCAACCCCCGUCAAUUCCGCCUGGCCAUCAAAGCUGUUGUCAAGCUCGCCAGUCCGCCUUCUGCCAUUGCGAACCUUAUGCCACAUUUGCAAGCCAUCGUUCUCGAUCUACUCAGUCAACGUUUGAUACAUGCCUCUGAAGCAAUCCUCCCUUCAAUGUCUGACAUUCCGAUGGAAUCACAACAGCCUCUCUCCGAAAAGACUACCUUGCUGCUCGCCAUCCUAGAUUCACUGCCCUUCUUGCCAGUGUCGCUACUAGUAGACUGGCUGUCCAUCUCAGCAGACUUGCUCUUCAAGCUCGAUAGCACUGCACAACGAGCGAUCUGCCAACAAAAGUUCUGGGAAACACUGAGCAAUGGAGACAUGGAUGUUGAGCGAGCUGCAACUUGCGUGACCUGGUGGAACCAUAGGGGUGGUCGGGAGCUGGCCAUGCUGGGUGAGCUACCUGAAGAGGAGGAGUACACAAUGAGUGGUGCGCUGGGACAAGAGAGCAAACUUUGA